AUGACCAUCUUGUGGAGCAUAAUAUUAUGCGAGAUCGUGGGAUUGGUGGUCAGCAAGCAGGUCACUUUUGAAAAUCACAAGGUCUUCAAAAUUACUAUGACUACAUCGAUGGAGACUGAGCUGCUUAAUCGUUUGACAAAAAUUUCUGAUGGAUUUUCCUUCUGGAGGGCAUCGUCUGUAAGUAAACAAGUGGAACUUAUGGUAGCCCCGCACAAGCUGCCAGAAUUCUACGAAAUGAUGGCGCAGAUUCAAGCACCAUACGAAGUUUGUAUUGAGAAUGUUCAGACAUUAAUCAAUCGGACAACGCCAGCAAAUGUAUCAAUGGAAUUUGAUUUUAAAAAUUACCACCCUCUCGAUACAAUUUAUAAGAAUCUACAUGACUUGACAAAGCAAUAUCCUAAUAUAGUACAAACUAUAGUAGGCGGCAAGACAUAUGAGGGACGUCUAAUCAUAGGUGUCAAGGUUUCUUUUAAAGCGAACAAUCCUGGAGUUUUUAUUGAAAGUGGCAUUCAUGCCAGCGAAUGGAUUGCGCCAGCAACUGCCAUGUACAUCUUCCAUCAAUUGUUGACAAGCAACAACACGGAGGUCAGGGCUCUGGCUGAGAGCCAUGAUUGGUAUAUCUUCCCAGUGUUCAAUCCCGAUGGAUACGAGUACACGCACACUACGAAUCGAUUGUGGAGAAAGACACGUAAGCCGUACGGUUCCGGUUGUUAUGGCAGUGACCCCAACAGAAAUUGGGGUUACAAAUGGAACACUGGAGGCUCUAACAAUCACCCAUGUUCCGAAAUCUAUGCCGGACCUGCGGCGUUCUCCGAAAUUGAGAUAAAGAGCAUGUCCGAAUAUAUCAAUUCCAUUUCCGACAAAUUCUACGCGUAUAUUGGGUUACACGGCUAUUCGCAACUAUUGAUGUUCCCUUAUGGUUAUACAACAGAUCGUGUUGAUAACUACGACAACAUGUAUGAUAUUGGCAUGAAAGCGAUUACAGCUCUCGCAAAAAGAUAUGGAACUAAUUACACAGUCGGAAGUAUUGCCGAGACAAUAUAUGUGGCUUCCGGAAAUUCUAACGAUUGGAUAAAAGGCGUGUAUAAUAAAUCUAUUGUCUACGUUUAUGAAUUACGUGAUAAAGGUCAAUAUGGCUUUUUGUUGCCUCCUGAACAAAUUAUCCCGACUGGAGAAGAAACUUUGGAUUCUAUCAUAGCCAUGCUUAAAGAAGCAAAAACUCUAAAAGAAAGGCUAUGAAUUUGACACCAAGUGAUGUUUACAUAAUUUUCACCAUGUUGGUAGUAAUAUUUGGAGUUUCCGAGACCUAAUGUGCAUAAUAGAAAGAGUUUAUGACGAGAAUUCGUAGCACCAACCUACU